GGUGUGUUGAGGGGCGUGGACUCUCCCGGAGCUGUGCUUAAAUAGUGAAAGGCCAGAGAGACCAGGGAGCAGGAAGCCAGGACGGACUCACCAGCACCCCAGCCAACCCAACAUUGCCAUGAAGCUCCUGAGCGUGACUUUUUGGCUACUCCUGUCCCUGUGCACUGUCCUCUGUGUGAUGGAGGUGCAGUGGUGUACCACCUCAGACCCGGAACAGCAGAAAUGCAAGGACAUGAGCAAGGCCUUCCAGGGAGCUGGCAUCCAGCCUUCUCUCCUCUGCGUCCAGGGCACCUCCGCUGACCACUGUGUCCAGCUCAUCAAGGACCAAAAAGCUGAUGCCAUCACCCUGGAUGGAGGAGCCAUUUAUGAGGCGGGGAAGGAGUAUGGUCUGAAGCCAGUGGUGGGUGAAGUCUAUGACCAAGACAUUGGGACUUCCUAUUAUGCUGUGGCUGUGGUCAGGAGGAAUUCCAAUGUGACCAUCAACACCCUGAAGGGCGUCAAGUCCUGCCACACAGGCAUUAACCGGACUGCGGGCUGGAACGUGCCUGUCGGCUACCUCGUAGAAAGUGGCCAUCUGUCAGUGAUGGGCUGCGAUGUGCUCAAAGCCGUUGGUGAAUAUUUUGGGGGCAGCUGCGUUCCUGGAACAGGAGAAACCAGCCAUUCCGAGUCCCUCUGUCGCCUCUGCCGUGGUGACUCUUCAGGGCACAACGUGUGUGACAAGAGUCCCCUGGAGAGAUACUAUGACUACAGUGGAGCCUUCCGGUGCCUGGCGGAAGGAGCCGGUGACGUGGCCUUCGUGAAGCACAGCACAGUGCUGGAGAAUACUGAUGGGAAAACCCUGCCUUCCUGGGGUAAGGCCCUGAUGUCACAGGACUUCCAGCUAUUAUGCAGGGAUGGCAGCCGGGCCGACAUCACCGAGUGGAGACAGUGCCACCUGGCCAAGGUGCCUGCUCAUGCUGUGGUGGUCAGGGACAACAUGGAUGGAGGCCUCAUAUUCCAACUGCUCAAUGAAGGCCAGCUUCUGUUCAGCCAUGAAGAUAGCAGCUUCCAGAUGUUUAGCUCGAAAGCCUACGGCCAGAAGAACUUGCUGUUCAAAGACUCCACCUUGGAGCUUGUACCCAUUGCCACGCAGAACUACGAGGCCUGGCUGGGCCAGGAAUACCUGCAUGCCAUGAAGGGUCUGCUCUGUGAUCCCAACCGGCUGCCCCACUACCUGCGCUGGUGUGUGCUGUCGGCGCCCGAGAUCCAGAAGUGUGGAGAUAUGGCUGUGGCCUUCAGCCGCCAGAGUCUCAAGCCAGAGAUCCAGUGUGUGUCAGCCGAGUCCCCUGAGCACUGCAUGGAGCAGAUCCAGGCUGGGCACAUCGAUGCUGUAACUCUGAGGGGAGAGGACAUUUACAGGGCAGGAAAGGUGUACGGCCUGGUUCCGGCGGCUGGGGAGCUGUAUGCUGAGGAGGACAGGAGCAAUUCCUACUUUGUGGUGGCUGUGGUGAGGCGGGACAGCUCCUACUCCUUCACACUGGAUGAGCUUCGGAGCAAGCAUUCCUGCCACCCCGGCUUGGGCAGCCCUGCGGGCUGGGAGGUGCCCAUAGGUUCCCUCAUCCAGCGGGGCUUCAUCCGGCCCAAGGACUGUGACGUCCUCACAGCGGUGAGCGAGUUCUUCAACGCCAGCUGUGUGCCUGUAAACAACCCUAAGAACUACCCUUCCUCACUGUGCGCGCUCUGCGUGGGGGACGAGAAGGGCCGCAACAAGUGUGUGGGCAGCAGCCAGGAGAGAUACUACGGCUACAGCGGGGCCUUCAGGUGCCUUGUGGAGAAUGCAGGGGACGUGGCCUUCGUCAAGCACACGACUGUCUUUGAGAACACAAAUGGUCACAAUCCUGAGCCCUGGGCUUCUCACCUCAGAUGGCAAGACUAUGAACUCCUGUGCCCCAAUGGGGCACGGGCUGAGGUCAACCAGUUCCAAGCUUGCAACCUAGCACAAAUGCCAUCCCACGCUGUCAUGGUUCGUCCAGACACCAACAUCUUCACUGUGUAUGGACUCCUGGACAAGGCCCAGGACCUAUUUGGAGAUGAUCACAACAAGAACGGUUUCCAAAUGUUUGACUCCUCCAAAUACCACAGCCAAGACCUGCUCUUCAAAGACGCUACAGUCCGAGCAGUGCCCGUCAGGGAAAAAACCACAUACCUGGACUGGCUGGGUCCUGACUACGUGCUUGCUCUGGAGGGGAUGUUGUCUCAGCAGUGCUCUGGUGCAGGGGCCGCAGUGCACCGAGUCCCUCUGCUGGCCCUGCUCCUGCUGACCCUGGCUGCAGGCCUCCUCCCUCGAGCUCUCUGAAGGUAGCUGCUUCAGGCCACGCCUUGAGCAGGGAUGGUACAGGGCCCAAGCCAAGAAACCAGGAAAUCAGCUAACCCUGCAAGAGAGCGAGGGAUGUGAGAGGCAAGGUGAGAAUUCACACACACAACCCUCCGAUGUGCGAUUCUAACCCAAAGAGAAAUUUCUAGAAUCAGGAUGAUUGUUAAGGCCAAGUCUUCCCACCUGCCGGAGCCCUCAGUACCUGAGGCGACUGGCGAGCAGCCCAGUCACUACUCCCACACUGGCGGCGCCUGCAGCGAACCUGCGAACCUGCGCCUCCCACCUGAAGCCUCCUGGCUGGCUGAGGGGUUAGGAGGGGGAAAAGAAGAGGCCGGUUGCCAUGACAACUGUGGAGCAGCUUCCAGCCUCUGCACUGGCCACCUGGGGAGGUACCAAGGAAGGAGUGCACCACCAACACUACCACACCCAGCAGCCCCUGCUCUCGCAGCCCCACUGAUCUCUCCUGUGGACACCUGUCCAUCAAAGAUGAGGCCCACACCCUCUGAAGAGCGAGGUUGUUGAGCACAUCAGUCUCUGUCAUUGUCUUCUGUGACACCAACCGAGGAGCCCAGCCCACUGGACAGCAGAUUUUGCCAGACUGGGAUGGGAGGAAGGCCAGAGCUGUACUGUGGGGAUGAAGUCCUCCAAAAACCCUGAGAGGAAGGAAGUGUCCCCCAGGAAGAAUGUUAGUGGGAGAGGAACUUGAUGCAGGGUGGGACCUAUCCUGCUUUAACAGCUCCUGUCGCAAGCAGGACUUGCCCUGGGCUGCUUGGACCUCACCCCACAAUGAAACUGUUGCCUAAUAGCCACUGUUUGCUCUCCUGGUCUCAGUCUCAACAUUAGCUUCUCUCUGCCUCAUAUACCCCUUCCCACAAUCAACACACACACACACACACACACACACACACACACACUUGCACAUCCCUUAUCUCUGUGUGAACAUAACUGCUUGUGUGAAGAAGCAUGAGCUAAUCCAAAAUAAGGCCCUUUCAUGAGCUGGGCCUUAGGACAUACUGGGAGCCAGGGGAGGGGUUGGGAAGAGUCCUGUUUUGCCCUAACCCUGCAUGUGCUGGCCGGUUGUGUCUUUCCAGGGGGCCCAUGGUUCCUGUGAGCCGUGAGAGCCGAGGCCUGGGGGAGAGCCUCUUCUCCACCAUUUUGCCAUUGUUCUCUCAAGAAUCAGAAAAAGUUUUCCAAAGCUACCAGCUCCUACCCCAAAUCAUGUUCUUUUAAAAACAAUAAAUAAAAAGGAGAAGAAACAGGAGCAAGCAGCCCUUGUCGGCCCUGGAAGCAGCGUGGGCCUGGAGCUAUUUGUGGCUUGGUCUAUGUGGGGGCCUCAGGACUCUGAUGACAGGUUCCCAGUGGCUCGCCCCCACCUGUGGGCGAUGGACAGAUCCUUUACAUUACUCACCAGUAGAGAAGGUCCUGGCAGUGUCCCAGCCAGAGUCACACAAUCCUGAGGAAUCUCGGUCACCAUGCUGUUCUGGAGAGCAAGCCCCUCCUCCUCUCAGUACACAGUCAUCCAUUCUUCUCUGAGCUGGGGACUGUCACAGUGAGAAGUGUACUGUGUGUGGGUGACUAUGCUGCCCAAAGUGUGAUGUCUGUGCCUCGUGCCUUUCAGGUGUGACUUUCAGGAGUGUGGUGUAAAUGACGUCUGAUUGCCAUGGGCCACUGCUGUGUUAGUGUUAAAGAAAGACAUUGGUUUCUUUCUAAAUAAAGACACAUAUCCCUGCAUACGCAGAGAGGCUUGGGUCGUGGUGGAAA